AUGACGGUGGACAUGCCUGACUUCAACACAAAUAAUUUGAAGGCGACUCACGGUGGACGUCUGGGACUGUGGCGGCCGCCAAGUGUCGGUGCUACACCUAUUGAUUGGGCGUCUUCUUGCCUUUUACCCUCAUUGGGUGGCGACACAGGCCAUGGAUGCUGCGAAAGUCAACGUCGAAGAUUUUCCAUCUAUUAUUUAUUUCACUUUGUGAACUGCUUCUCUCGCGUGCGCUCUUGCCUUAUGCUGGUACUAAAAUACACCAGCUCGGCAAUACCUAUGGCAUCCCAGUGGAUCAGGUUUCAACUUAGUUGCACUGGGGCUCACAACAUGUUAACGUCUUCGUACAUGUACAUCCUUGGGAGCGAGUUUCUACCCUUUGACUCAGAAGAGCUCGAUAUCGAUGAAGUGGCAGAUGGAUUUCGAGUUUCAAAGUCACUGUCAUCAUCAUUAUCAUUGAUCAUCAUGAUCCAAGAAUACCGUGACAACUACAAGAAGAAGUUAGUGGUCAAGUGCAAGUUGCCUCACAGCAACGUCACUCGUGACUUGCUCUCGACCAACGAGGCUAGACUCGAAAUUGCCCGAGAUGUCUUAUGUUCGCUGUCGGAGGCAUUACCGAUGCCCAGGUUGCCCCCAUCGGAUAUACGACGCGGAAGCAACAUCUUGCGCUUCAAAACCCAUCUAGCGCGUGAACACGGUGCCGUGCUUAACAUCUCGGCCAGCAUCUCCCUCUUCGCCAGCUUUUGGACUCCACUGGGACUUGCCGGCUCAAUAAACCGCUACAACGACGCCGCCAAGAUGCUGCCACCGACGACCGUCACUGAGAGCAACGAUCUGCCUACCUUAGUAGCACCUGCGUAUCUCGCACGAGUUGAAGCACGUAUCAUGCCGUUCAGUGAGCAAAUCUGCCUUGUGCAACAAGGUCACGGUAUCUCGGAAAAGGCUGAAGGCGGAUCAUGGAGCACUGCCGAUGCAGGCUCGUCUCAGGCUUUUGUCAAAUCCGGAGGGCUUCUCAGCAGCAUGGCAUCAUGCAUCGAUGUCUCUGACUCUGCGGAAGGCUGA